AUGGCGCCGAGGAUUAUAUCUUCUCUCUCCAUUACGGAGGCAGCAGUGUUGCUGUCUGGAGCUUUUUUUGCAUAUGUAGUCGGUGUUGUCAUAUACAGAAUCUACUUCCACCCACUAUCAAAGUACCCCGGUCCCAAGCUCGCAGCUGCCACUCGUCUGUGGUGGAUGAAACAGCAAUUGAGCGGUCGAUUCCCAUUUAUUGUUCACGAGUUGCAUCUCAAAUAUGGCGAAAUUGUUCGCAUAGCUCCUACUGAACUUUCAUUCACUGGUGCCGAUGCAUGGAAAGAGAUUUAUGGAUUCCGAAACGGUCUUCCAGAGAAUCGCAAAGACCCUGGUGAAAAUACGGAUGCAGACAAAUCCCACCCAACUAUUAUCAAUGCCGAUCGUAGAACGCACGGAAAUUUGAGGAAACUGCUAUCUAAUGCCUUCUCGGACAAGGUUCUCAAGGGCCAGGAGCCGGUCCUGCUGCACUACAUUGAUCUUCUUGUUAGCCGCUUGCACGAGGUGGCCGACAAGAGGGAAGAGCCCGUAGACAUUGUUCGAUGGUUCAAUUACGUGACAUUCGAUAUCAUUGGUCAUCUCGCUUUUUAUGAGCCUUUUGACUGCCUCAAGAACAAUGACUACCAUCCUUGGAUGUCCAUGAUCUUCAAUGCUAUUGUUUACGUUCACUACAUCCGCACACUACAACGAUUCAUCGACAUUCGAUCAAUUAUUCUGGCCAUCAUGCCAAAAAGGAUUGUUGAACGCCGUAAAUGGCAUAUCGGUCUUGUUGAAGAGAAGGUAAAGCGACGCAAAACCCGUCACCCUGACUAUAUUGACUUCAUGAGUCAUUUACUUCAAGCUGAAGAAAAAGGUCACCUCACCUUGCCGGAUCUGGUAGCAAACGCCAAUUUGAUGGUAAUCGCGGGUAGCGAAACGACGGCCACAAUUCUAUCCGGCACAAUCUACUACCUGUGCACGCACCCACGUGUAAUGCAGAAGCUCCUUGACGAAGUUCGCACCUCAUUCAAUUCAAGCGAUGAGAUUAACAUUGCUCGCAUUAGCCAUCUGAAAUAUAUCAAUGCUGUCAUUGAUGAGUCGUUCCGCUUGUAUCCCCCAGCUGCAGGUAGCCAUCCUCGUAUCACUCCACCAGAGGGUGCUAUGAUCCUUGGCCAGUGGCUCCCGGGUAAUACAUCCAUGGGCAUGGCACAAUACGCUGUCUUCCGCUCCCCGUACAAUUUCAAGGAUCCUGAAAUCUACCUACCUGAACGUUGGUUAGAUGAAGAAGGCCCGUAUAAAGACGAUCGCCGUGAAGCUCUACAGCCUUUCUCAUUUGGCCCACGAAACUGUAUUGGUCGAAACUUGGCCAAUAUCGAGAUGAGACUAAUUCUAGCCAAGAUGCUCUGGCAUUUCGACUUUGAACUGACUCCGGAGUGCGCCAAUUGGCCCAAAGAUCAGUACAUAUACACAUCAUGGGAGAAGAUUCCACUCAAAGUCCAUAUUACCACCCGGGUCAAAUCCUGA